AUAUUGAAACAAAAAUCACGCGAGAGCAUAAUACCACAACUCCGAUUAUAACUUGCUGGAGCCAAAGAAUCAGUCAGUAGCAGUAACCCUUCUGAAUAUCUCAAAUGGAAACGCCAUUGCUGACAAUCAAAGCAGAGGCGGCAGCAGCUGCUGAUUAUGCUCCAGUGAGGAGCUUUGGGGAGGCCAUGAAGGUCUCCUGGAAAGAGGCGGUGAAGCUCUGGAGGGUUGCAACUCUGGUGGCCUGCACUUCUCUGUUUCAGUACCUGGUUCAGUCCAUAACCACCGUUUUCGUCGGUCAUCUUGGAGAUGUCGAGCUCUCUGCCGUCUCCCUUUCCCUCGGUGUCAUUUGCAACAUCCCUUUUGGUUUCCUGCUAGGUAUGGCAACUGCAUUGGGAACCCUUUGUGGGCAAGCAUAUGGAGCAGGCCAAGUAGGGCAGCUAGGAAUCUAUAUGCAGCGCUCAUGGAUUGUGUUAUUCAUCGCCUGUAUCAUCCUUUCGCCAGUUUUUAUUUUCGCCGCUCCGAUCCUAAAAUUUUUAGGCCAGGAACAUGGCAUAGCUGAUCCUGCUGGAGUAUACAGUCUAAAGAUAAUCCCUCAAAUGUUCUCCUAUGCCAUCAAUUUGCCCACUCAGAGGUUCCUCCAGGCCCAGAGCAAGGUGCUCGUGAUCACGUUGAUUGCAUUCGCGGCUCUAAUCAUACAAACCGGGUUGCUUCAUCUCUUCAUCAAUGUGUUUGGCUUGGGAACAACUGGUGCGGCUGUAGCUUAUGACAUCACAAACUGGGGAGUUGCAAUUGGUCAAGUUGGUUAUGUUAUGGUCUGCUGCAAAGAGGAGUGGACUGGAUUUUCAUGGUUGGCGUUUCGAGAGAUUUGGGAUUUUGCUAAGCUGUCACUUGCCUCUUGUAUGAUGGUUUGCCUAGAUUUAUGGUAUUCGAUGAGUAUAAGCAUUCUUGCCGGUCUGCUUCCAAAUGCAGUCAUUUCUGUUGGUUCCUUUUCUAUAUGCAUGAAUUUUCAGAAUUGGGAAAUUAUGUUGUUGCUUGGAAUAAGUGCUGCUGUAAGCACACGAGUCUCGAACGAACUUGGAAAGGGGCGUCCAAGAGCAGCCAAAUACUCCGUCUGUGUUGCAGUCUUGCUAGCUCUCGUCAUUGGGUCUUUAGCCAUGGUUGCUAUCUUCGUAAGCAGAGACUACUUUGCCAUGAUUUUCACCAGCAGUGGAGAUAUGCAACUCGCCGUUUCUCGUUUAGUUUACCUUCUUGGUGUAACGAUGCUUCUUACCAGUGCUACACAAGUAUUAACAGGAGUUGCUAUUGGAGGUGGAUGGCAAGUGAUGGUGGCUUAUAUAAAUUUUGGUAGUUAUUAUUUGGUUGGGCUCCCAUUAGCAAUCUUUCUUGGCUUCAAAGCAGAUCUGGGAGCUGUGGGACUUUGGGGUGGGAUGAUGAGUGGAAACGCUCUUCAGAUCUUCUUCUUGCUGAUUCUGACUUGUAGAACCAACUGGGACAGAGAGGUGGAGCAAACAACAAAGCGCAUAAAGAAGUGGAGAAGCAAAGAAACAAUAACUGACGAGAUAUGUAGCUGAUAAAUAUAUCAUGAAAUUAGAGAAAACUCAUGCAUUUGUAUCUGUCUAUUUGGGUAAUGUGAGGCUUUAUGUGCCAAUGUUUUAUGUACUUCCGCAACAUUGAAUUCUUAUUGUCGUCAAAGUUGAGGCGUUCUGUCUCCGCUACUCAAUCAUCUAUUCCGACCAAAAAGAACGAAAA